AAUCAACUAUUGUGUAAUUCCAAUCAAAAGAAGAAAAAGAAUUAAUUGUAAUAAAAUGAAGAACAAAAGAGAACAGCUGCCGUUCCCCGCUACUAACUAAAAAACACACCUUUCCCACGUCAGUUUCUCAUUCUAUAAAUCAGGAAAUGAAAUUAUUUUGGUUACUAAUUUGCCGUUAAACUUCUCUUGUUUCAAUCAUUGUUUUGUUUUCCUUUCUAUAAAAAAUUUUUAUAAAGAUGGUUGUAGUCAAGGCGGUACGGCCAGCGAUUUCUUGUUCUUCUUCCGGUUUCGAUGGUGGCCAGUUGGUACCGCUUCAUAAGGUUAGCUUUGUGAACUUGACAUUGCCGGCGUCUUUGCUUUCUGUAAGGUUGAGUAGCCGCAACAAUGCCAAGUUGAGCUUGGUCCAGUCGACGAAGGAAUCGUCCACGGCGAGUACGAAUGAUCGUGCUGCUGUUUUUUCUGGUGAAAAUCUCCACCAGAUAGAUACUAACGGCAAGGCAACAAACAUUGUAUGGCACAAAAGUUCAGUUGGUAAAGUUCAUUGGCAAGAGGUGCUUCAGCAAAGGGGUUGUGUCAUAUGGAUUACAGGUCUCAGUGGCUCAGGAAAGAGCAAUUUGGCAUGUGCGCUGUGUCAAGCCUUGUAUUCAAGGGGAAAGUUGGCUUACAUCCUUGAUGGUGAUAAUGUUUGGCAUGGUUUAAACCGUGACCUUAGUUUUGAAGCAGAGGAUCGGGCAGAGAACAUACGAAGGAUUGGAGAGGUAGCAAAACUCUUUGCCGAUGCUGGCAUCAUAUGCAUUGCCAGUGUAAUAUCUCCCUACAGAAAAGACAGGGAUGCAUGUCGUUCACUGUUGCCAGAAGGAGAUUUCAUUGAGGUUUUCAUGAACGUGCCACUCCAAAUAUGUGAGGCGAGGGACCCAAAGGGCCUUUACAAGCUUGCAAGAGCUGGAAAAAUCAAUGGUUUUACUGGUAUUGAUGAUCCGUAUGAACCACCCCUGAACUGUGAGUUGGAAUUGCCACAAAAGGGAAACAACUGUGCUUCCCCAUGUGAAAUAGCUGAGAUUGUGAUAUCUUACCUGGAGGAGAAGGGGUAUCUGCAGGCUUAAGAAGAGAGAAUCCCGCAAUUUCAGGUUGCCAUAAUCACCUAUAAUAUAGUAUGAUGAUCAAUUAAAAUUGAUCCUUUUCUGUGCAACAAAAAAAAAAAAAGAAAAGAAAAGAAAAUUUGAUCCUUUUCUAAAUUAAGCAUCCUGCAUUAGGGAAACAUCUUGUUUCCUCUGUCCAUAUCCUGUUGCUAGCAUCAACGAAACUUCUUGUUUCCUAUAUCUACAUCCUGUUUAUGGCACCAAGGAAACUCCUUGUUUCCUGUAUCCAUAGCAUGUUUCCGGCUCCAUGGAAACUUCUUGUUUCCUUUAUCCAUAGCCUGUUUCCGGCUUCAUGGAAACUUCUCGUUUCCUGCACCUGUAGUUUAUAUCAUGUAUUAGAUAAUUAAUCGCUGGAUUAAUUACUGUCAGUGUCCUUUGGUAGGCCUUCUAAAAGCCACGUUGAGAUUGAAUUGGCUUUAAUUGGUGUAUGAAUUUGUAUCAUAUAGCUUUGUAAUGAUUGCUUAUGAAGAAAAGGCUAUCUCAGGUUUUCACUUAAAGAUACCAUUAAAA